UAUUAAAAGUCGACUAGAGAUCUUAUUUAUGACCAUAUGUUAUAACCAUACAAGUGUACGAUACACAUUUUAGUGUACAUCAUAAUAUAUUAUGAUUCAAAUUAUUUUCGUUUUGUUUUUAUUAUUUAACGUGGUGAUAUUGGAAAGAAAUGUGUCAAAUUAUGAAAACAAAGGUCUUAUAGCCAAUGGACAAGAAUACGACAUCGACAAGUAUCCGUUCGUAGUGGGCAUAAUAAUGAAAAUCGUUUUAAAGUCUACUACGAAACACAGUAUUUGUACGGGAUCAUUAAUAUCGCAGUGGUUCGUAUUGACCGCUGCACAUUGUACCGAACUCAUGACAAUAUCUGACAUAAAUGUAUUCUCAUACUUUUAUACUCGCGUUUAUGUAUUCCACGGUGAUAGCUACCGACAUAUUGAGCGCAUAUAUCAACACGAUAUGUAUAAUCCGAUAACAUUUUUAGCAGACAUCUGUUUGUUGAAACUACAAAGACCGUUCAAAAAUGUCAACCGUUAUAUAAGUGUGUCUGGCCAUCCUGACGAUUUCGCUCAUGGCAAAAGUUUGAAUUGUGUAGUUAUUGGAUUUGGACGUACUGCAGAUACACCGUAUCCUAACUUCAUAGGGUAUAUGACCAACUCAAAUGUCACUUACGGUCCUACAGCAUGUCAAUUGUCGAACAGAUCAAGUAUAAAAGAGACAUGGAAAGAAUAUUUGUGUUCAAAACCUGACAUCCAUAUGGUAUGUCCUGGGGACAGCGGUGGUCCAAUGAUUUGUAAUGGAUUCCUAUACGGAAUAGCUAGUCACGGAUACAAUUUCAAAGACCUAAAUACGGAUUUCGAAUGUGGCAGUCCCGACAUUCAGACUAGACAUUUAUUCGUAUAUUCUUACAGAAAAUGGAUAACUGAUAUAACAAAUACCGGAAAUCCAUUAAUACCAUACUAUAGUUUAUAUUUUACUUCUAUUAUGUUAGUAUUAUACCUACAUUGUGAAUAUUUUAUGAAAUAAAAAAAUUAUUUAACAAUAAA